CUGUGCCAUACUUCUUCCUUACACCCUUUUUUGAGUGACAGCCCGGGUGGCCCUUAUUUAGACAGUGAGUCUUCUCAUGCGGCAGCUGGCGGUUUGUUUAUGGCUGCAGCCUGUGAUAACAACAUAUGAGUGAGUGAGGCAUGCUGGGUAGACACUAGUGCAUGUGACCUGUGCCCAUCAGUGCCAGUCCUGGAGCCCUGCUGGAUGCCCAGUCACCCUGACUCAUUGAAGGAGGCUCCUGUGUUCUGAAGGUUCUGGUGCUUCACCGGUGUGUCGGGCACAGCACAGGCAUGAAACAUGGCGUCCGUCAAGGUGGCUGUGCGACUCCGUCCCAUGAACCGCAGGGAGAAGGAUCUGGAGGCUAAAUUUAUUAUUGAAAUGGAAGGCAAGAAAACAACGAUUACCAAUAUAAAGUUGCCUGAUGGGGUCACCGGGGACUCUGGUCGAGAUCGCACGAAAAUAUUCACCUAUGACUUUUCCUACUUCUCGGCAGAUUGUAAAAAUCCCAACUAUGUGUCUCAAGAACGGGUUUUCCGAGAUCUUGGCACGGAUGUCCUUAAGUCUGCGUUUGAAGGCUAUAACGCCUGUGUCUUUGCAUAUGGACAAACUGGUUCUGGAAAGUCCUAUACUAUGAUGGGUAACCCGGGGGAUUGUGGUCUAAUACCCAGGAUUUGUGAAGGAUUGUUCAGUAGGAUCGCUGACAUUACCAGGAAGGGCGAUGCCUCUUUUCGUACAGAAGUCAGUUACCUAGAAAUUUACAAUGAAAGAGUUAGAGAUCUACUAAGAAGAAAGUCAUCAAAAACCUUCAAUUUACGUGUUCGAGAACAUCCCAAAGAAGGUCCAUAUGUUGAAGAUUUGUCCAAGCACUUAGUUCAGAAUUACAGUGAUGUGGAGGAGCUCAUGGAUGCUGGGAAUAUCAAUAGAACCACAGCUGCCACAGGAAUGAAUGACGUGAGCAGUCGAUCACAUGCCAUCUUUACCAUUAACUUCACUCAGGCCAAAUUUGAUGCUGAAAUGCCCUGUGAAACAGUCAGCAAGAUUCACUUAGUGGAUUUGGCUGGAAGUGAGAGGGCAGAUGCCACUGGGGCUACUGGUGUGCGACUCAAGGAAGGAGGAAACAUUAACAAGUCUCUCGUCACUCUGGGAAAUGUCAUUUCUGCCUUAGCUGAUUUAUCUCAGGACGCAACCAACCAUCUUGCGAAGAAAAAGCAAGUGUUCGUGCCUUACCGGGAUUCUGUCCUGACUUGGCUGUUAAAAGAUAGCCUGGGAGGAAACUCGAAAACCAUAAUGAUUGCCACCAUUUCGCCCGCUGAUAUCAAUUAUGGAGAAACUUUAAGUACACUUCGCUAUGCAAAUAGAGCCAAAAACAUUAUCAACAAGCCCACCAUUAAUGAGGAUGCUAAUGUCAAGCUAAUUCGUGAGCUUCGAGCUGAAAUCGCUCGCCUGAAAGCAUUGCUAGCUCAGGGGAAUCAGAUUGCACUUUUAGAUUCGCCGACUGCUUUAAGCAUGGAAGAAAAACUUCAACAGAAUGAAGCCCGUGUUGAAGAAUUAACGAAAGAAUGGACGAAUAAGUGGAAUGAAACUCAGAACAUUUUAAGGGAGCAAACUCUCGCACUUCGCAAGGAAGGGAUUGGAGUGGUCUUGGAUUCUGAGCUGCCGCAUCUCAUUGGCAUUGAUGAUGAUCUUCUGAGCACUGGUAUUAUAUUGUAUCACUUGAAGGAGGGACGUACAUAUGUGGGACGAGAUGAUGCUGAAUCGGAACAAGACAUAGUUCUGCAUGGUCUCGAUUUGGAAAGUGAGCAUUGUAUCUUCGAAAACCUUACCGGCAGGGUGACCCUAAUACCACUGAAUGGAGCCCAGUGUUCAGUGAAUGGAAUACAGAUCCUUGAGUCGACUCAGCUCAACCAAGGUGCGGUUAUCCUCUUGGGAAGGACCAACAUGUUUCGCUUUAAUCAUCCAAAAGAAGCUGCCAAGUUGAGAGAAAAAAGAAAGAGCGGUUUGCUAUCCUCAUUUAGUUUGUCCAUGACUGAUCUUUCAAAAUCAUGCGAAAACCUCUCAGCUGUUAUGCUUUACAAUCCCGGACUUGAAUUUGAAAGGCAACAAAGAGAAGAACUGGAGAAACUGGAAAAUAAAAGAAAAAUGAUAAAAGAGAUGGAAGAAAAACAGAUAUCUGUAAAAGCUGAACUGGAAAAAAUGCAACAAGAAGUUGAGUAUCAGCGCAAAGAAACAGAAUUUGUCCAAUUACAAAUCCGUAAACAGGAGGAGAGCCUGAAAAGAAGAAGCAUGGACAUCGAAACCAGACUGAAAGAUCUUUUGGCCGAAAAGGAGAAAUUUGAAGAAGAAAGGAUGCGAGAGCAGCAUGAAAUAAAACUCCAGAAACAGAAGCAAGAAGAAGAGUCUUUCGCAAAAGUCCAAGAAGAACUCCAGAGACUGCAGGAACUUCAUAGUACAGAAAAAGCUGAGAAAAUAGAAAUUUUCAAAGAACUGGAAAAACUUAAAAAAGAGAAGGAUGAGCAAUAUCUGAAACUAGAGUUAGAAAAAAGAAGGCUGGAAGAGCAAGAGAAGGAACAGUUGAAGCUUGUUUUUCGUCUUGAGGAACAACUUCGAGAAAAACAAGAAAUGAUCCAACUUCUCAAAAGAGGAGAUUUCCUGAGGUUUGAAGAAGAGAUUCGGGUUCUUGAGGAUGUCAGGGAGGAUCUUUUACGAGCUAAGGAAGCUAGGUCUGAAGGAGAAGAAGAUCCAGAUGAGGUAGAAAAAGCAACAAAUAAAUAUACUACAUUUAAGAGAAUGCAGGUGGAGAAAUUGUCCAAUUUAGUGGAUGAUUUAAGCGAACAGAAAGAGUGCUUAGAAAAUGAAAUUAUGGCGGAUCGGGACACACUUGAAAGACUGAACUUUUCGAAUGUUGAUCACAAUAGAGAUGAUUCUCCUUUAACUCCUGUGGGUGAGGAGCGGGAUAUGAUAAAGCAAACCAAACACAAGCUACAUUGUAAGCAGAGGCAACUCCAGUACAUAAAGCAGAACCAUUUGCCGGCAUUGAUGGAGGAAAAGCAAAGGGCAGCAGAGGUGCUAGACAGUGGAUUGCUUGGGUUAGACAAAACUUUAUAUCAGAUUGAGAAAGAAAUUGAAGAAAAGGCUGAUCAGCUUGCACAAUUUAGAGCAAGUAGCGACCAACUACAACAACUCCAAGAAACAUUCGAGUUUACAGCCAAUAUUGCCCGCCAGGAAGAGAAGGUUAGAAAGAAGGAAAAGGAGAUCAUUGAGUCAAGAGAAAAACAGCAGAGGGAAGCCUUGGAGCAAGCAGUUGCUAAGUUGGAGCGUAGACAUUCAGCACUCCAAAGACACUCUACAAUAGAUGUAGAAAUAGAAGAGCAAAAGAGGAAACUUGCUGCAAUGGACAGCAGCCAGGAACAAGCUGGUCUCCAGGCAAGUCUAGAAGCUGAACAAAAAGCUUUGGAGCAAGACAGGGAACGAUUAUCUCAGGAAAUCCAGCAACUGAAGCAGAAGAUACAAGUGACUGAUCCACUUUCAAAAAAUCUGUCAGGAGCCCUAGAAGAAAAGCCGUCCCUCGCCAACUCUCCAGCAAGCCCAGUGAAAACUCAGCCGCAUUUGCUUCAGCUGACUGAUGACAGAAUCCAUGCAUAUAUCGAAGAAGAAGUGCAGAGACGGCUUCAGAAUAUUAAUCUGCCAAGCGAAGACAUCAACAGCCUAAGCAUGUCCUACUCUUCUGACUCUGGAAAGGGCAACGACAAUUUUUUGAAUGGCAUUCACCAAAGAAAAAUGAAGUAUGAGAAAGUACUACGUCCUCAGGCAAAUCGUAGAAAGAUGUCUAUUCCCAAGAUUGGAACAGUAUCCUCACCGCCUACGAGACAAGGCAGGAUGGUGUUGGAUGAAAGGCAGAAUCUGGAUCCUGCGACUGCUAAUUUAUAUUCCUUCUUCACACAAAAAUGUUCUGACUCUCAAGAGAAACAUUUGAAGGAAGAGAAUGAGAAAGGGAAAAAUAGAUCAUCCAUUAGUGAAUAUUUUGACUUUCUGUCUGACAUAGAACGUGAACCAAGUCACCUUCUCAGUAGAAAUCUCCCGAACAGCAAAUAUGCUCAUCAAAAUAUCGCAUCUGCUUCUCAACAAAUUCCUGCCAAGACCAAAGGGAAGUAUUUAGGGAGUGUAUCUAGUGACCGUGAUUUCUUGAAAAUGGAACCUGACCGGACUUUGUUCCAGCAGAUGUCCUCCUCCGAGAUGAAGACGCUUGAUAAUGAGCAACGCAAGUGCAAAGAUUUAUUUCACUGUAAUCUCUCAGAGACCAAUAUGCUUCCUGAAAAUUAUUUAAAGGAGAACAAGUGUUUCUGUUCAACUCACCAGGGUAUCCUCCAACAGCCUCCUGCUUACCAGUGUGACUCUGAUGUGAGCAGCAAUAGCUCUUUGUGCCAAGAUAUAACACAUUAUAAAUACAGUUUGCAAAAUCUCUUCAGCAAGUUCUCUUAUCUUUAUAAAGAAAGGCAGCUGCCAACUAUAGGAAAUGUUAUUAAGCAAGCAAAGGGAUUAUAUGAUGUGCAAAAAAAUAGCGCUUGGAAUCUUCCAGGUCUGUCGCUCGUUAAAGAUUUGCACUUCGUGAGUUCUUUUCAGUUAAUAAAAUCAAACCAGAAACAAGGAGAAUCUGAAGUUCUGGAUCCACCUAAGAACAAGGUGAAGGUCUACAGCAUUUGUCCAGCAAGCAAAAGGAGUACAGAUGGUGAGAAGCGACUGCUGUUUGAGCUUUCUCUAAGAAAAGAGAGAGAAGAUAAUAGAGACCGCCAUGUUAGUAAAUCUGAAGAGGUUAAGAUGGACGUUGUCACGUUGUUUCCACAUUCAUUUUUGAAAUUUCCAAAUACGUUUCUGGGACUAAGAUAUUGCCACGCGGAUGAAAUUCUUGAUCACUUUCUCGCUACAGUGCCAGACCUGUGCAUUGAAAAGAAUGAAUGUGGAUGUGUCUACUGGCUCUCUGUUGGAAAUAAGAGUCACUCAAAACCUCGACUUGCCUGUUUACUUUUGUCCACGUCAAGUCUGAACUUCAUAAUAUGUUCAGAAACUGAAUCUAUGCUUCUUUUUGAUCUUUCCAUAAAUUCAGUGAAGGAACUUCACAUUGGUUUCGGAGGACAAAGCCUACAGCUCCUUGGUUCAUUUAAGGAGUCCCCUGUGACUAUAUUUACCUUUGAUCAUAGCUGUACUUUGAGGCUAUGUCAGGUCUUAACAAAAAUGCAAGUGAUUGAGUCAGACUAUGCCAAGUAUUGUAGCCAUCCGCUCUUUAGUAGGGAUUUGAUGGAGUUGUCAACUGACUGGAAUGCAGAUCUCUCUGACCUUGUCUGUUCUAAUGGUUUUAAAGUGACUUGUAGCUUCAAGAGUACAUUAGCUGAUGUGGCUUAUCUUCUACAUGAAAAUACAAAUGGAACAAAACCAGCAUUAGGAGAUAUGCAUUUGUUGCUUUACACGUCAGUCAGGCUAGAAGAUAUGCAUGGGCAAUGUGCAUUUAUGUCACUGGCACUUACUAAUACAUCUAUUGCUCUUGUACAUGAUGGAACAUUCCAGCCAAACUUUGACAUCCUGAGUCCUUCAUCUUCACACUUUGACCAGAUAAAGGUGCAUUCCCUCAGUGAUGUGAAAUGUAUCAUAUUAACAGACCAGGAAGAUUUGACCAAAAUCACCAUAAUUUUUUCCAGCAAAGACAAUACAUGUUCUGUAGUGGUGGAUGAAAAAGAAUUACUUUCACUAGUUUCUCAGUCAGACCUAAAGGAACACUUGCCUGUGAUGACAGAUGUGUGGAAAAUAACACUAAGCUCAUAUAAACAUGCACUUUUUCUCAUAAGGCACUUAAGAUUUUAGCUAUAACAGACUGGGCAGUCAAUAUAGGCCCAAAUAAUUAUAGGAAUAGAUUAAAAAAUGAAAACAAAAUGAGUAAUUCCCUCUUGCAUCUUUUCCAGGAUCUCUGUAGGCAAAUGCUUUGGGCAGGCAGAAGCUGGAUAGUGAUAGUACCAUCAGUGCCCACUCUUGCUGCAUUUACAUAGACUGCAUUGAAGUCUAUGAAAAGUGUUAGCAGUCUUGCACUACAAGGUCCCACCAAAGUACUACUAGAGGAAAUAGACUAUCUGAAAGACAUUCGCCAAGAUUGUGUAACUGCUCUCUGCCAGUAGCAUGGUCCUAGAAUAGAGGAGAAUGUUAGGGUUGGAUAGAAAAGACACGUUUAUAGCGAAAUCAGCUGUCUCACCAGAAAUUUGCUUAACAAUGGUGCGUAUAUUUGCUCCUUCUCAUGACAAUUUACGAUAUUCAAAGUCAAAUCCAAUUUCCUAAUGAUUUUACAUCCUUUUCAAAAACACAAAAUGCUGGAAGUGUAAAGCAGCAGACUUGUAUUAAAUUGUAUGGUUGUGUAGGGGAUAUGCUGUAUAACUGGAUAGCCUGCCUAUUUUUACCCAUCUUUUCGCCUGUGAUCUAAACAUUGAGCUUGAAUUAUACCCAUGUUUUUUUCUAAAGCGAGACCAUAACGCAGUAUGAGAAAGAAAUAAAAAUGCCUGGGAGCUCAAGGUGUUAAACUGUUCUUGUGAAGAAUGGAUUCCCUCUUUACUCUUUUGAACCUGGAUUAGGAUUUUGCAUGUUCACUUGGAUUCCUCCAUACAAAGCAGGGAUCAGCGUGCAGCAUGCCUUGUAAUAAACGCCAUUUAUCAGGAAGCGUCUGCUCACCACUGGUGGAGAGAGAGUUUCUGUAUGUACUGAUUUAGAACAGAGAAGGGUCAUCUUUUUGCAUUGCAGCACUUUGACGGCCCUGUCACCGGGAUGACCCAAUAGAGCAAACGCUCAAGCUUUGAACAUGUCUCUGUGUUUCUGGAGGGGCCGCCAGUGCUGUGUCUACAAACAAGGC